UUAUCCAAAUGUAUUUAUAGCUGAUGUAAACGUUAAUAUGUUGAAACACAAAUAAGAUCAUCCUAGAAAAAGAAAACAUCAAAUGUGCCAGCCGCAUGUCAAUAUUACAUAUUCCCCCUGGUCAUAUCUUUGACUUUUAUUAUUUUUUUCUCUAACCUAAAAGUAUUAUAUAAGUAUUGCACAAUUCAUACAAUCGGAAUUGACUUUCUUCUCCUCCAAACAUAUUUAUAUUCAACAGUUCCUCUCAAGAUCAUCAACUCAAAAAAUGGAUCCUAGAGACGGCGGAGAAACCCAUCAGGCCAAGUACAAAGGCAUCCGUCGCCGGAAAUGGGGAAAAUGGGUAUCGGAGAUUAGGGUUCCGGGAACUCGUGAACGGCUCUGGUUAGGCUCUUUCUCCACCGCAGAAGGAGCUGCCGUAGCCCACGACGUCGCUUUUUACUGCUUGCAUCGACCAUCUACCCUCGACAACGAAGCUUUUAACUUCCCUCACUUGCUGCAACCUUCCCUUGCCUCCAACACAUCUCCUAAGUCCAUACAAAAAGCUGCCUCCGACGCUGGCAUGGCUGUCGACGCAGGAUUCUCCCUUAACAACGACAGCGCGAGUGGUGGCGUGGAGGAAGGCAGCGAACGGGAAACGUUGAAUAUCUCCGUGUACGAUUAUCUAGAAGACGACGGUCGCAUUUGAUAUAUUUGAUUGAUAUCUACGAGCACCUUAUAUUAGUCAUUAAUAUAGGAUGUGAAUAGAAUUCGUUAUUUUUUUUUUACUUUUGAAUUUUAUAUUAUUGCCACAUGAGCUUUCAUUCCCCGGCUUAUUUUCUUAUGAUGUAAUUGUAGUCUUUCAUCAAGGAAACAAUAUUCUCAUCCA